CUAUAACGCAUAACUUCCAUCAGUACGUGAGAGAGGCAUUACUUCUGUGCAAUCAAGAAAUAUAUCUAUACAUCGCUGUAAUACAUAUUUCACCAUGCCAAAAAAAAAUGACGAACGUUCACAAGGUACAGAAGAAGAAAAAAUAAAAAACGAUAACGAGGAUAUUAGUUUACCAAAUUUCAAUUGCGUCAUCAAAUAUAAGCGACUAAAUGUUAGAGCUGGCGGUGUGGCAAUCUACCACAAUCAAGAUGAUAGCGUAAAUAUCGUCACACCAAACAUGGAAAUGACUGCAAAGCAGUCUCAGUCAUAUUCAUCAACAGUCACACCAGUUGGCGAUGUUUGCAUUGCAGAAUGUCAAAUGCUGAAUGGAAAAACUAUUGUCAUAGCCGCCAUCUAUAUCUCACCGAACCAAAAUCUUGAUGGCAUAAUAUAUUUCAUUCACCGCUCACUACUGGUUUACAGCCACGCAGGUGCAAAUGCACUUGGAAGAGGCGAAGACAAAAUUCCAUUGAUUCUCGGGGAAGAUUUCAACGUAAAUUUCGGAUCCAAUGAUUCUUUGCGAUGAUUCAAUUUCUUCGAGAAACAUUCGGUUUGCAGAUAAACAAUAACCCUAAAGAAUUAACAACAAAAUCCGGAACUACACUAGAUGCAAUUUUCACACGUUAUCUAGAAAAUAUUGAAUCACGUACAUAUAUUUCAUAUUUCAGCUAUCACAAACCAAUUAUUUCAGUACUACCAAUUGAACCACCAACAGAUGAUAGCAUAAUGCAUAUACAUAUAGUUAAUAAAAUCGA